UGAGUACACUCAACAAGGGGUUGAGUGUUCCAGUCACAUAAAGGGUGUAUUCGAGAGCAUCGAAAACAGUGGCUUAUGCUAAAAUGCUUGAGGAGGCUGGAUGUCAGAUGCUGACAGUGCAUGGUAGAACAAGAGAGCAGAAAGGUCCUCUCACUGGAAUCGCCAGCUGGGAGCAUAUCAAGGCUGUCAGAGAAAGUGUUGGGAUCCCGGUGCUGGCGAACGGCAACAUCCAGUGCCUGGCGGACGUGGAGCGGUGCCUGCGGGAGACGGGGUGCCGGGGGGUGAUGUCGGCCGAGGGGAGCCUCUACAACCCUGCCGUCUUCGAGGGUCGCAACCCCCCCUGCUGGGAGAUGGCUACCGAGUAUCUCGACCUUGUCGACCAAUACCCGUGUCCAAGGUCGUUUAUUCGCGGCCAUAUUAUUAAAUUGUAUUUUAAAAUCCUAUCCUUGGAAGAGAAUAGUGACGUAAGAGAACUUCGGAAAGCUGCCUGUAUGGAUGAAUUUAGAAACGUUGGAAUGUUUAAAAGUCGCUAUCUCCGAAUUCAUGAAGGCGAACUGCCGUGGAAUGUACAUAUACAGCAUUAUGCCGCAUCCACACUCUCACCAGUGUGCGCAAAUGACGACAAGCGCAAGAGUGUAGAUGGCUGCUUUGCCAGUGCUCGCCUUCAUUUGCGUUCGCUUGCCUUCUCUCCGAAUUUGUCAAGGCGAGAGCGAGUGAAAGCCAGCCAAGCAAGGCGAGUGGCCUGCCGAGCACCCACAAAUGAUUAUAAUCUCGAUCUUCCACCCUGGUUAUGUAAAUCUUAUGUAAGGAUACCACCUGAAGAACACAUCAAGAAACUUGUAGAGAAAGUUAAUCGUAACGCUGAUGUUAUGUUUGAUCAUAAAGAGAAUCAGGAUGUGUUAAUAGGAAAGCGACCAAGUGAUAGUACAGAGAAUGGAUUAUCUAAGAAGAAAUUGAAGAAACUGCAAAGACGUGAGAGAAGUAGUACAAAAUGCGGAGGUCAGAAGUGCAGUUUCUCCUAUGCAAACCAUGCUGCCCGAAUUAAGUGUUACGUAGACCACGAAGAUUGUGCUGGACAUGGAAUUCUGACGAAAACUAGGAGAGAAAAAGCUAGAAAAUAUCAGAUGGAUGUAACUGAUGAUGACAGAAUUACGACUACACAUUUCAUUGAAAAACCCACAGUACAAACGCAACAGAUGGACGAAUCUUGAUCUUAGCCCAAUAAAACCAUGGUACCAGACAGUCUACAUAUUGAAUAAAUCUCUACAAAAUACA